UUACCAUGCCGUUGAUAUCGAAAAUCUAUCUGGCGGUGACUUUGUGGUGGGUGUGCCUUCACGUGUACGUUAUAUCUUGUCCUUGUUACAAUGGAGGUACCUGCAAGAACUAUAUAUGUACCUGUUCGAUCGGAUUCUAUGGGACACGUUGUCAAAAAAAUUCAAUUGUGUCACUUUUUACUACGGUCUCCACCAAAUCUUUCACGCUCUCCGAAGCAGAGAGUUAUAUGAAGAAAGCCCAUGAGAUGAUAUUUGAUCACAUUAACAAAAACUUUGAACUGGAAAAGUCGAUAUUUUACUUGGCCUGUAUUGGAACUUCGGUUGUGACUGAAAUGGAUGAAAUAUUUACAAAUAUUCAUGACGAGGAUCUUUUACCACUAUCAAAAGAAAUGGCUAAAAGCAUUAGUUACGUAAUAUCCGUGUUGGACAUCGUUGGAUGCCAAUCAUACGUAGCUAUUUAUCGAUGCACAAAAAAGAGAGAAGAGGUAUCAUAUGAUACUUUGAUGUUGUCUUUUUUUAAAACCCACAUUAAUUACUGUACAUAUCUCAUCGAAAGAAGCGAGGCAAAUCUAGUGAAAAUAACUAACUUGUACCUUGAGUCAAAUCGCGGUGAAGGAAACCUAAUAACGUUUGAUGAACGUACGGAUGAUCCAGUUCUGUCCUUUACCGUGAUUAAAACAACCGGGCGUGACGCACCAAUGUUCUAUGAGAGUCGAUACGGUUCACUUACAUUACCGUUCUGGGAAACCUUCCAGGAUAAUGUUGGGAGCAAAAUGAUUGCCAUCAAUGUUUUGUCCUACAAAAACAACCCAUAUAAGUACUUCAGUUCUGAAGAAAUACGUUCCUCUGUUGUUAAAACUGUAAUAACUGACAUUAAAGGAGAUGAAUUAAAAUUAUAUGACCUGGAGGACGACUUAACUGCAACAAUGGACCUUAGUCAGCUAUUAUCUUCAAGUACAAGUACUUGGACAGAUAUGAAGCAGAACGAGAUGGAAUGGAAUUUUGCUGCAUACACCAACUUGUCAGUCGAGGCAAUGGUUGUUGAUAUCAACCUUAAAUCCAUGUAUGAUUGUACGUUGUACGGUUUAUAUGGCUGGAGAAAAUAUCCCACAACUCUAAAUUAUGACAUUAAGGUGGUCACAAGGGGGAAUGCCAAGAUCGUCACCCAGGCCCCCUGGAAUUUACCCAUCAGCUACAAAGAUAACAGACUGCAACUCACCAUCUACAACAAAAGGUUCACAUCCGGAGGAUAUCUGUUACCGUUAUUAAUGGCGUUAUCCUGCCAGGAAACUCAUCAAUUUAGAAUACUGGAAAUCAAGUCAUACCGUUUAAAAGAUGCCAAAUGGACUGUCAACAAACAAGCUAAGGUACACAAAGUUGAAGGAACAAACGUGACCAUUAAAAGUUCUCUAUUCGGGACAUUUGCUGCCAACUCCCUGCUAUUGCCUCCCAAUUCUAUAGACUUUGAGGACGUUUUUGACAACUUUGCAGAGAAAAUAAUGACAACACCACAUGUGUUGAUUGUUGUGUGUUGUAUCUUAUUAUUCUCAAUUCCAGCUUCUGUGUUACUACGUAGAGCAGAUAGAGAAGACCAUUAUAGGUGGCAAUAUCUUCCUCUCGUGGACAACAAGGAAAAGGACGGUUACGAAUAUUUCGUAUCAGUCAACACGGCAGUGCGAUCCUCACGUACUCUAACAUCAAAUUGCUUUUUUAAACUGAAAGGUGAAGAAAAGGAUAGCGGAAACAGGGUACUAAAUGAUGGUUGUCGAAAGAACUUCACGCGCGGGACUUGCUGUAAUUUUCUUUUGAAGACAAAUUAUUUAGGACCACUUCAAAAGAUCACUGUUUGGCAUGACAACCUCGGAAGAUCGCCUGAUUGGUUGUUGUCUAAAAUAGUAAUUGUGGAUGCACUGGAACAGGAAAAGUACAUAUUUGUAUGUGAAGAAUGGUUGUCACUUACUCGCGAAAAUUGUAAAACGUGGGUUGAAUUAUCACCGCUAACCUCAGAAGCUGUUCCUAUAAAUCUAAUGUUAAGUGAAAAUAGCCGUCGAGGUCUCUUCGACGAUCACCUAUGGUUUUCACUCUCAUUAAGACCAAAUGCAAGCAAAUUUACACGUGUUCAGAGACUGUGGUGUAUCGUGGCUCUAUUGUUUUUAUCCAUGGUGGCAUCAGCAAUGUGGUUUGACGGCAACCCGUCUAUCUCAACAGAGGACACCAACCAGAUGCAGAUGGUGCAAAUUGGUCCCUUUACACUAAGCUAUCGAAUGCUUUACGUGGGACUGAUGUCUUCAUUGCUGAUGUUUGUACCGUCAUUUGCAAUUGUUUUCAUUUUCAACAACAGAUCGCUACGUAAAUCAAACAAGCUUAAAACAAUCUAUCCACAACACAAGGUUUACGACCGAAAUUGGUUACUGCCCUGGUGGAUGGUUUUUGUGGCGUACUGUUCAAUCUGUCUGUCCAUUAUGUGCGGUGGAUUUUUCACGUUUCUUUAUUCGUUGGAGUUUGGUUCUGGAACAACAAAUGACUGGUUUCUAGCAUUCAUAAUGGGAACCCUACAAGACAUCAUAUUGCUACAACCGUGUAAAGUGAGUUUCUUUUAA